AUUUUGUUUGGUUUUGGGUUUUCCAGCAUUUGCUACCAAAAUUCCACAAAACUUCAAAAUCAAAGUCUUAUUUUGUAUGAUUCUCUCGUCUCGUGUGGUCCUUCUCGGCAAACUUUCCACCAAAAAGCUGUAAAUCAUUUCUGGACGGUGUUAUUCCUUUGAAAUGAAAUAAUAACCUUGUUCAAGCAAGCAUAUUUAUUUGUCAGAAAAUGCUUUAGCUCUUCCAACAGCAGUUUUAAACGAAUCCAAAAUCUAUUUUAAAAGCUUCCCUUCGGGUCCAUUUUGCUAUUCCUUCUCUGUUUUUCUUUCUGUUUCUUGAUCAUGAAUCUCCUCCAUAUCAUUGUUGUCACCAUCAUCUUCACAACCUUCGCCAACCGAGCUUUCUCCAUAGACCGAAGCUUCGAGCGCUGCGAGCCUCAAAAGUGCGGACAUGGCCCGAAUAUAAGCUACCCUUUUUGGCUUUCUGGCAACCAAGACUCCUUCUGUGGUUACCCUAGCUUCAAGAUCACCUGCAACGGAAGAUUUCCGGUACUGAGUAUUUCAGGCGAUGAGUACAUAGUUAAAGAAAUCUUUUACUCAAACCAUUCGUUUGUGCUGGCCAACGCUGCUGCGGUCUAUGAUGAGAAAUGUCCACUCCCUCUCCACAACUUCAGCCUCGAACGAACGCCUUUCAAGUAUAGUUCCAAUCACGUCAAUUUUUCCUUCUUUUAUGGUUGCCCCGAAGAACCUUUGGAAUACAUGCUUCCAUAUCCCAUUGACUGUGCUAGCAACGGCAGCCAUCACUCUUUUGCUAUUUUUCACAUGGAGGUAGUUGAGCGCAUGAGCUAUUCGUUAGACUCGUGCCAGUCUUCAGUUCAUUUGCCUUUCGAUGAUGCUGUUAAAGUCGACGCAUUGAUGCAAAUGAACUACACCGAAAUCUUGAAGAUGGGGUUCAUUUUGAAUUGGACUGCGCAGAACUGCAGCAAUUGCCAGAGGAGUGGCGGGCGCUGUGGAUUCGAUAACAAUGAAUUCGUGUGUUUUUGUAGUGAUCGACCUCAUGUCAAAACCUGUGAUGAUGACAAUCCUUGGAACUGGAAGAGGAAGGUUAUUGUAGGUGUUUGCACAGCUACUGCUACCGUUGCUAUAAUGUGUCUUAUUUUCUUUGUAUACCAGCGCCGAAACAGAAAACCAUAUGAUCCAUCGUCCUUUGUAACUCGAGGCAUCCUUUCGAGUACCUAUUCUAUGGAUGACGAUAUGGAGAAGGGAAGUACCUACCUUGGAGUACAUAUUUUCAGCUAUAAGGAACUUGAAGAAGCGACUAAUUAUUUUGAUUCUGCGAAAGAACUUGGCGAUGGAGGCUUUGGCACAGUUUAUCAUGGAAAUGUGCACGAUGGGAGAGCGGUUGCAGUCAAGCGUCUAUAUGAAAACAAUUGGAAGAGAGUUGAGCAGUUCAUGAAUGAAAUCGAGAUUUUAGCUCGCCUGCGCCACCAAAAUCUUGUGUUGCUCUAUGGUUGCACCUCUCGACAAAGCCGUGAACUCCUCCUUGUGUACGAGUACAUUCCUAACGGAACUCUUGCUGAACAUCUUCACGGAGGAAGAGCAAAACCUGGCGCACUUCCAUGGCUUACUCGAAUAAACAUUGCCAUUGAAACCGCAAGCGCACUGUCAUAUCUUCAUGCAUCUGACAUUAUCCACCGUGACGUGAAAACUACGAAUAUUCUUCUUGACAACAACUUCGGUGUUAAGGUAGCAGAUUUUGGACUAUCUCGCCUCUUCCCAAUGAAUGUCACGCACAUCUCAACUGCUCCACAAGGGACUCCGGGUUAUGUUGAUCCCGAGUAUAACCAAUGCUACCAGCUUACGAGUAAGAGUGAUGUCUAUAGCUUUGGUGUGGUACUGAUUGAGCUCAUAUCAUCCAUGCCGGCUGUUGACAUCACGAGGCAUCGACACGAGAUCAAUUUGUCUACCAUGGCGAUCAACAAGAUUAAAAACCAUACAUUACAUGAGCUUGUAGACCCAUACUUAGGGUUUGAAUCGGACUCCAGAACACGAAAAAUGAUCAUUGCUGUGGCGGAACUAGCAUUUCGCUGCCUGCAGACUGACAAAGACGUGAGACCUUCUAUGGUUGAGGUGCUUAAUGAACUGAAGUGGAUACAGAGCGACGAUUUUAACAUACAAAAAGCAGAGGAGAUUGAUAUUUUGGCCGAUGAUAUUGUGCCGUUAAAGAGUGAUCCGCUGCCACCUUCACCAGAUUCCGUGGCAUUGAACUUGACUAGCGCGUCUACGACACCAAAUGGCAGCGGUAAACUUAUUCGUUCUCCGCCGUAAGUGGUGGCUGUCAUUUUGUAUUCAUCUACUGAACUUGUGAUUUGUUGAAUGAGAUGUAUAUAUUAUGUGAGAGCUGACAGAGAUUUAUGUAUGCUAAGGGUCCAUGUUUUUAGGCUACAUGGUUUAUCUCUUUUGUUUCAACUAGCUAAUCCUUUUAACGAGGUGAUUGUUUUAUUCGUUAUAGACAAACUUUCAUCCUUGUUUUUGAAGAGGGUAGUGCUAUUCACA